GGACAAAAGGUUUUGUUAGGUUUGGUUUAUCUAUCUCUUCGAAUUGCCGGACUCGAAGAACAGACAAAGAAGAAGAAGAAGACCUGAACAGGCGAACUGCAUCUUCUCAUCUUCAUCAGAAGAAGCAGAAACCCACUUAAUCUCACACACCAGGUGAGGUUAAUCGUGAAAGGAUAUAAUGCAUUCAAUAUCUAAGGAAGGGUAUACACCGUGAAAUGCAGAUGUUAUUGAAUCAACAAAAGCACCCUUUUUUUAUAACUAGUUAUUAGUUAGUACUGGAGGUGUCAUGUCGUGCAGUGUUUACAACACACCCGUGGAGACAAGUUUUAAUGUGCGUCAGGAUGAGGGGUUAGAAUCCUGUGAUACUUCUGCUCUUUCUGCCGAUAUAUUCAUGGAAGAUCAUUCUCUAGUUCCUGUACCCGAUGAUUCUCUAAGCUUGACAGACUAUGCAUUAGCUAUUGGGCAAGAAUUUCCUGAUGUUGAAACCUGCCGAAGAGCAUUGAAGGAUGUUGCCAUUGCAAUGCAUUUUGAUCUUCGUAUCGUCAAAUCAGAUCGAAGCCGGUUUAUAGCCAAGUGCUCCAAAGAAGGCUGUCCAUGGCGUGUCCAUGUAGCAAAAUGUCCUGGAGUUCCCACCUUUACAAUAAGAACCCUGCAUGGUGAGCAUACCUGUGAAGGAGUCCGCCACCUUCAUCAUCAGCAAGCAUCAGUAGGUUGGGUUGCUAGGUCUGUGGAAGCUCGAGUUCGGGAUAAUCCACGAUAUAAACCAAAAGAGAUCCUGCAAGAUAUCCGUGAUCAGCAUGGGGUUGCUGUUUCUUACAUGCAGGCGUGGCGUGGCAAGGAGCGUAGCAUGGCAGCGCUUCAUGGAACUCUUGAAGAAGGAUAUCGCCUUCUUCCUGCCUACUGUGAGCAAAUAAGGAAAAACAAUCCAGGAAGCAUUGCUUCAGUUUUUGCCUCUGGACAAGAAAAUUGUUUCCAGCGGCUCUUUGUUUCCUACCGUGCAUCAAUUUAUGGGUUUAUACAUGCUUGUAGACCACUUUUAGAACUUGACAAAGCACAUCUUAAAGGCAAAUACCUGGGUACAUUACUCUGUGCUGCAUCUGUUGAUGCUGAUGAUGCAUUAUUUCCACUGGCAAUAGCUAUUGUUGAUGUUGAAAGUGACGAGAAUUGGAUGUGGUUUAUGUCAGAAUUACGAAAGCUUCUUGGAGUAAACACUGACAACAUGCCUAGACUUACAAUACUCUCUGAAAGACAAAAGGGCAUUGUGGAAGCCGUGGAAACUCAUUUCCCAAGUGCCUUUCAUGGUUUUUGUCUGCGUUAUGUAAGUGAAAAUUUCCGUGAUACAUUUAAGAACACAAAGUUGGUGAAUAUCUUCUGGAAUGCUGUUUAUGCUCUCACUGCAGUUGAAUUUGAGAGCAAGAUUGCAGAGAUGAUGGAGAUCUCACAAGACGUGAUUCCAUGGUUUCAACACUUCCCUCCUCAACUUUGGGCUGUAGCAUACUUUGAAGGUGUGCGAUUUGGCCAUUUUACCCUCGGGGUGACAGAGCUGCUGUAUAAUUGGGCCCUUGAAUGCCAUGAGCUCCCUAUUGUGCAAAUGAUGGAGCAUAUUCGUCAUCAGUUGGCAUCGUGGUUUAAUGAUCGUAGGGAUAUGGGCAUGAGGUUGACAUCGAUUCUAGUACCUUCUGCUGAGAAGCGAAUUUUAGAGGCAAUUGCUGAUGCUCGCUGCUAUCAAGUGCUUCGUGCAAAUGAAGUUGAAUUUGAAAUUGUAUCAACUGAACGGACAAAUAUCGUGGAUAUAAGAACUCGAGUGUGCUCAUGUCGUCGUUGGCAUAUAUAUGGUUUACCUUGUGCGCAUGCUGCUGCUGCACUUAUUUCUUGUGGACACAAUGUCCCUUUAUUUGCUGAGCCUUGCUUCACAGUAGCAAGUUACAGAGAGACCUAUUCACAAAUGAUUCAUCCUAUUCCAGACAAGAGCUUAUGGAAUGAGCCCAGUGAAGGAACAGAGGGUGGGAGCGCCAAGGUUGAUAUCACGAUUCGUCCACCCAAGACUAGGCGUCCCCCUGGCAGACCGAAAAAGAAGGUCCUUCGUGUAGAGAACUUCAAGCGCCCAAAGAGAGUUGUUCAAUGUGGUCGGUGCCAUAUGUUAGGACAUUCUCAAAAGAAAUGCACCUUGCCAAUAUGACCUGAAGUAGCUCGUUAGAUCUUUCUUUCUUUUUCCCUCCCUUGUUUCUGGCUCACUUUCCUUUCAUUGUUCGAAAAAUGCAAUAGAGUCAGUGGGAUGUUUGUAAUGAUAAUGUAUGUUUUAAUUAAGUAGUUUCUAUAAAUGUGAAAUAAGGAUUCAGUCCUUUUCGGCACAGUUC